ACCCUGGACAUGGAAUAAUGCUUCUAAAAAUGUGCUCCUCUUUAAAUCGUAUGCAAAAUUCCUCCCAUUGCUGGAGGAAAUCAUCUCUCUUAACAAAUUUUGAAAUCACUGUACAACUCAGAUUAAUAUGUGGUUUGAUUUUGCGAAGAGAUUAUUGUUCUUCUUCGUAGUUCAUUUCGCUGUCACGGAAUGUCAACUUCCCAACCUGCAACCGGGAGAUUUUGCACCAUCGUUUGCUCUGCAAACGUUAAAUGGCAGGAUUGUUUACAAGAAAAGUAAUACAAGUUCUAAAACGCCAAGACACCCUGUCAUAUUUCAUCUGUUCACAAGACGCUCGGCUUUCUUGGAGGCGUUGUGGACCAGUGACACCUCGCUCCAGGAGUUCAUUGAGCUUUCACCGAGGAACACACACUAUGUGUUUAUGUCAUCGUCCGAUUCUAAUUCCAUGGGGGAAGUGUUAUGGUUGAGAAAACGUCUUUAUGAAGCUAUUGAGAAUUAUUUUAAGAGGAAGUCAAGUUUCCUGCUACAACAGAAUUUAAAAAGAACUUGCCUGCAAUACUACACAAACAGUGGAUAUCACAAUAACUCAAACCAUAUUGGGUAUUUGGAAAGAGAACCCUUUUAUAAACUGUCACAACUUAGGAAACAUCGUACAAGAAGAACUAAAAAUAAAUGCAAGAGUUGGGUUGAGUUAUGGAAGGACAGGCUUCAUUUUGUCAGCUUGCCAUUGUAUGAUUUUGGGAACUGGAUUCCAUAUUCAUUAAUGCACUGGCCUUGCUUUGGUUCAGGUUGUGCACUAGCUCAAGUCGUAGUCAAGUCAACAGAAGGUGAAGUGAUGCUAGUAGCUCCGAGACUGGAUGCAAGAUACGACUGGCUGCCAUCACCACAUGGUCUGGUUCGCAAACAUACUCACUUUCAAAUUGUUUACUAUGGAAAUGCUUGUGAAUUGAAAUCAGAGUGGGAAAAAAGCAGUCAGAGUAAUGGUGAUAAGAAGACAGAAAACUCACACAAGAGAAAAGCCAGUGAAGGACGCAUUGCACUGGUGUCUCCUGGUGGAGACUGUUCUUUCUUUACCAAGAUCAAACAUAUGAGCAAGGCAGGAAUUUAUGCAGUUAUUAUAUAUUCUGAGGAAGGUGAGCCUAUCAAGGAACUGACUUGUGACAGUCAUCAUUGCUUCACACCUCUUCACAUAUCAGCAUCAGUGAUUUCACACAAAGAUGGCAUGCACAUCAAACACUUGUUGAGUGCUAGAAUGAAGCUGUAUGUUUCCUACCAGUUUACUCCUCAGGAAAAUUAUUUUCUUGGUAUCGAUGGUCAGGGAAAACUAGCAGAAGUAGGCCUAUUUCUAUUCCCUUCAAUGAAGUUCAUGGCCUAUGAGGCAAAGUGGUUUAACUACAAAACAGAUCUAAUACACAACUUGACUGGCAGUGCAAGAAUAAUUCAUGUGUUUAACCACACUCUGAUGAAAGGAGAGACUGGUGCAGUGAAAACUGUUCGCCUUCCACCACUUGAAGAGUUGCAGCUGUACAGGAAUGUAGAGCUGGACAUGUCCUUACACUGCCCCGGUAAAAGUGACUAUUCCUGUCCCCACUGGGAUCAUAUUGUCCACUUGACUGUCUGUUGCAACAAACAAAGUCCACUCUGUGGGGAGGAGUUGGGCAGAUGGAUAACACCAUAUAGGAGGGCAGUGGGACGCUGGUUGACAAACAUUACACCGCUGCUACCUCUCUUUACAUCUGAUUCCUGUACUUUACAAAUGAAGCAUCCUUUCUGGGAGAUGCCAUGGAAACCUUCCCUUGAUAUCAGGCUUUCUGAUCAUAUUAAAUUUUCAACAAAUACAUACAGUGGGAGACGUGAAGAUCAGUACAAUGUUCCUUACAGGAUUAUCAAGUUAUAUACAGGUGGUAAAUUCGACAAGAAUUACAACAAGAAAUAUCACACGCGCAGAAUUACAAUUCCGUCAAAGACAUCGCAAGUUAAACUUGUAGCCACCAUCACCGGUCACGGCAGUGACAAUAACGGUUGCGCCGAAUUCUGUGUCACGUCACACCACUUUAUUGUAAACGGCCAUUCAAAUGUUCGAGUGUUUAAAAACGCUGCUACAGCCAUGGGCUGUGCUAAUCGCGUCAGCGAUGGUGCCAUUCCAAAUGAACACGGUACCUGGCUGUACGGUAGGGACGGCUGGUGCUGUGGAAUGGAUGUAGUGCCGUGGGUAGUGGACAUCACAAAACAGAUUCAUGUUGGAGGUUACUUUAAUAAAGUCAAGUACUUUGGUUGGUUCAAUGGCUCCGAUCCCCACCCUACACGGGAUCCAGGGGAGAUAGUCAUGCGGUCGUAUUUGGUGUUUUAUAAAUCAGUAGAGGACCAGUUUUCUGAUGACGUGUAAAUGGACGCUGUCGUUGAAUAUUUAUCACAAAUUUGCUAUCUGUACAGUAUUUUUGUGACAUUGCAAUUUGCUCGAUAAAGAUUAUAUUUAGUUACGAUUUUUACAAUCAUAUAUUUCAUGUUAUCUCAGUUAACAUGUAGCUCACUCUUAAGAAAGGGUUUCGAAAAACUUGAAAGCCUAAUUUAGCAAAGGGAUAAAAAAAAAAAACAAAUGCGGAAAACAGCCGUGUUUAUACUGUAAGACAAA